UACGUGGUGCAGACUGCAAAAGCAACCUACGCCACGCCAUCCGCCGCCUCCCAUCCAUCUAUCCCUCUUUCUCUCUCCUCCACCACCAACCGUAAGACCAUCGUCGCCCCUCUCUCUCUCUCUCCACACCCUCGCGUCUCGCUAAAUACCACUCUCCCCACGACUGCACCGCACGCGUUCCGUCGUGGACUCUCGCGGCGGAGGCGGACGGGGGAUUAUCUGGAGCUGACACGAUCGGCGGCGAGCGGAGUGGAGUACUGGAGGGAGCGGCGCAUGCGGGAGCGGGAGGAGGAGGGGGAGGGGGAGGAGGAGGAGGAGCAGGAGCAUGAGCCCCGACAGCCGGGGUGCGGGGGCGGGGAGGCGGCGGGCCAGGCGGCGGCGAACUGCGCGGCGGUGUGCUGCUGCUGCCCCCUGGCGCUGCUCGAGAUCCUGCUGCUCGUCACCGUCAGGCUCCCCGCGGGCGUCAUGCGGCGGGUGAGGCGGCGGAGAAGCCGGGGCCGCCGCGGAGGCGGGGGAGGGGGGAAGAGGAGGCCCCCGGACGGGUCGCCGUCGGGGAGCGCCAAGGCGAUGAUCGGGGCGGCGUCGGCGUUCGAUAUGAUGGAUGACGAGGCGGCGGCGGCGGGGGCGGCGGCUUCUCGCGGCGAAACGGACGCGGACGCGGCGUCGGAGCUGGAGCUCGAGAUCAUGCGCUCCCGGUUCUACAGUGGCGGCUUCUGGCGCAGCCCUUCCUCCGGCUCCAGCUCCUGCGCCUCCUCCCUACGCCGGUAGCGCCACCACCACCACCAACAAACUCGCCGCGCCGCCGAUUGCACCGAUUGAAACCGCAACUCCGGCUCGCCGCACGUGCGCACACCGCAAGGUGAUUUCCCGCACGUGUGCAAACGCAGGAUUAAUUUUGUCUCCCGAGCUCGAUCCAUGUCAAAAUUCACCUUAGGAUUUGCAAGUGAAAGCUGAUCAAAUUUUGUGCAGCUCCGCUUGAUUGCUUGCUUGGUCGAUUGACCACGGCGCGCGCGCGUGCGUGUGACGCAUAGCCUGGAUGCGAUUUUGGGGGUGGACCACUUCUUUCUUCAGAUGGAGCCUCUCGUCCAUAUUUGCCCCAGCUAAGACGCCUUGUGGCAUAAUCGAAGAUGGCAGCUUCACAUCCUUCUCCUCCUUCACUGACCGAUCUCACCACUUCCCCUCUACUGUCCUCCAAGAUUUCAAGAAGUGGUACAUUCGCUGAUUCGCAGCCUGACAUACAGGUUGUGUCUGCAAAGGAGUGCAACCCAGAAUUCUCCGUUGUCGUUGGUCCAAACCGGGCAGGAUGGCGAAAAGAUCCACUGUUCCUGUCUUCUCCCCUUUCAGCCAGUAUCUGCUCAACCUGUCUCAACAAAGAUGCAGGAAACCAGUAUCUGAUAUGAAGUGUAGAUGUGUAGAAGUGAGGUGAAGAGUUGUUGAAUCAAAUGGAGGAAAGACGAUGAAUAAUGACCCGUUUUUGCUAUGGAACGGCAUGAAAUGCCUGAAAAUGAACAGUCAUGCGACACCUGGUGACGAUUGAUUUCCAACACAGAUAGAUGCGAUCAGUAGCGGGCAGCUAGACGUCUUUCAUAUCUUGCGAUCAGUAACAGGCAACUCUUUUAAGUACGUGUGUGUUAUGACUUAUGAGGCGUACUUACGGGUGUGUGCGUUUGCUUGGUGAAGCUGAUUGUUGGGAACUAUAUGGGCUGCACAAUAUUUACCAAGAAAAUGUCAUUUUGCCUCUCUUGUCGGUUCG